AUCAUCACUGUCUCUGGUUUCCAUUUCUUUCUUGGACCAUAAGAACAUCGAUCGAGAGAGAUCCCAACAUCCUAAAAAAGAGGGAAUGUCAGUUUCCAUGUUCAAAUCAGAAAACCCUCCAUAAAGUCAGCUACUUUGAUGUACAAAACCGCUUUCUUUUUCCAAUCUCCAAAGCUAUAACAAAGAUCGAAAAAAGCAGAAAUAUUACUUUCAAAACCCAAUUCUAAUGGCUAAAGAAGGAAACGAGGAAGACCCUUCAACACUCGUUAACAAUUUCCAGAAAGAAGACGAAGAUAAGGACUUUGAUCUGGGAUCUGAAGAACCUGAAACCCCAUUUCCCAUCUCUGUCACUUCUAGGGUGCUGUUCAUGUUGAGCGACAUUGCCGCCGGUCCAGCAUACAGAUUUUCUCACUGGCUAGAACUUGUUCGUAAAAGAAGUGGUAGAAAUCGUUCAUCGGGUUUCCCCCGUCGAUCUGUUACUCUAGAUGCUAUCACUUUUAGUGCAGGAGAUUAUAUAUCCGAUGGAAUCAUCUCUCCACCUUCUGAACAAGGAGAUGAAAUUAGUUUAUGGGAAAGACUUGGUAAAGCUUCUAAGUUAUCCAUUGAACCGAAUUCGUUUUCAUGGGAUAGUCUUUCUUCACUUCAUCAUACUGAACAUAGUAAUAUCUCUGAACAAUCUGAGGAUGAAACUAAUAGGGCAUUAGAGGUUACUGUCAAUUCUGGUGGAGUAGUGUUUUUUGCUUUGUUCAACCAACAACAAAUGCAUGAUCAUUAUUCAACUAAAGAAGCAGCUGCUGUUAUUAAGUUUUCGUCUUCAAGGAUGGCUACACAAUCUGAACGACUUGGCUAUGAGUUCGCCAAGUGGCUAGGUGUCCAAACUCCAAAUGUUCGGGUCAUUCAUAAUUCUUGUCCAGAGUGGCUGAAGAUUAAGGAAGCCACAGAGAAAGCGAGAGAUCAAGCCGUAUCUGAGGGAGAUGAAGUUGGCGAACUUACUUGUUCAGAGCUUCUAGAAGCUCUUGAGUUGAGCAGAUGUCUUCUUCUGAUGAAUUAUGUACAUGGGUGUCCCUUGUUGGAAAGCUCAUCCUCGUUUGAUUCACAAGAAGCUGCACAAAAGACGGCAGUUGCCCUUGGCAGGAUAUUGAUGUUAGAUCUGGUCAUUAGAAAUGAAGACAGACUUCCUUGUCAUCAGCUGGGCUGGCGUGGAAAUUCUGCAAAUUUGUUAUUAUCCGACGAAAUCUCAUCAGCAAAUAUCGGCUUAAAGGAAACCUUAGACUCAUCUAUUGAACGACAUAUCCAAAAAGAUCGAAGGGCAUCAUCAAUGCAUAUCAGAUUGACAACAGAAACACCAAAAUCAACAAUUGAAUCCAGUUUUGGAAUUGUGGCCAUUGAUUCUGGUGUCCCCAGACGACCACCUGCAGGAAAACGUGUAAGUGACCAAGAGACUUAUCCAGAGUUGGUUGAACUCCUCAUUAAUAGCCGGGGUUAUGCUUCAAGUCUUCUGUACGAGGUAACUAAUGGGAAAUUAGGAUCUCCACUAGAAGAUUCCUCUAGUGUUAUCGAUAAAGACAAAGCUUUGAUUGUUCAAGAGUUUCGAAGUGGGUUCCGUGCUGCCUUAAGGGAGUUGCAAGGUUUUCAAAUGUUCUUGCUCGCACUUCAUCAAAAAUUGGAUAUCCUUUUAAGAGCUUUUUUUAAUAUCACAAGCAAAAUAUCCUCCGGAGAAUCGUCAGAGAAAGAUGAAUCAGUUAAUCUGGAUCAGGCUUUUAAAGAUGAUCCCUCUGAUUCGAGUAUUUAUGACUUUGAUAGAACUCCUUCUAGAGCGUCAUCGUCGGCAUGCAAAGGGAAUUUGGACUCUAGUUCUCCUAUGUCUCGAGAGGGGAAGUUUGGUAAAUGGAGUGGAGAGUCUUUUCGCAAUCUUCGGUUGACAUCAAAGAUCCGUGACUUCCACAAAUUUGCCAAGGUUGAUGUGGAGCUAAAUAAAGAACUAGAACAAUGGAACGAAAUGCUUAAAAAUGACGCGUUAAAAUUAUGCAUGGAACACAAUUUCAACAGUGGAUUUUUUGAAGGUGGCGACAGCUAUAAUGUUGCGGAUGCCUAUGAGUUAAAGGUUAGACUUGAGCACAUUCUUGAGAGAAUAACUUUGAUAUCUGAGGCUGCAAAUACAGAGAAGCCGUCACAAAUUUCUAAUAGCCUCUUCAUUGGUGGUGCUCUGGCAGCUAGUUCUUUUUGCACUCUGAAACAUUUUGGGAUUUCACACAUUUUAUGCUUGUGCUCUAAUGAAAUCGGGCAGUCAGAUUCGCAACGUCCUGAAUUGUUUGAAUACAGGAAUAUUUCUAUACGCGACGAGGAAGAUGCAAACAUCAGCAGCAUAUUUUCAGAAGCACACGAUUUUAUUGACCACGUAGAACAAACCGGUGGAAAGAUUCUCGUCCAUUGCUUCGAGGGAAAAAGUAGAAGCGCAACUGUCGUAAUCGCAUACUUAAUGAUCAGAAAGAAAAUGACUUUAUCGGAGGCAUGGAAUUCUGUGAAAAGGGUUCACAGACGGGCCCAACCAAAUGACGGGUUUGCGAGAAUCCUUCUGGAACUAGACCAGGAAUUACACGGGAAGGUAUCAAUGGAAUGGCAGAGAAGGAAACCGACAAUGAAGGUGUGCCCUAUUUGUGGGAAAAAUGCUGGGUUGAGUAGCAGCUCACUUAAACUUCAUUUACAAAAAGUGCACAAGAUGCUUUCAUCAUCAGGGAGUCUGGAUAGUGCCAUGGAAAUACAAAAGUCUAUAACUACAACAAUCAACCACAUUAGUAGAGCUUCGAGUGUCAACUCUAGAUUAGAAUUUACAUAAACAAAAUCAUCAUCAUGGGGGCUCCUAAUCUGCAGACACACUAGGAAACAGACAGACAUUGCGGUGAGCAGAAGAUUGUAGUCUCGGCCAACUUGAAGGCUGUCGGAGUAGAUUUUGUUCGAAGGAAGAGCUGCAUUUGCAUUGUCAACUGACAUAACUAACAGAUGAAAGACAAUGUUGUUGAAUUAGUUUAAACUUUUUGAUUCAUGAAAUGGAUGUUGUUUUUACAACAUUCUGUCUUAUAAUGUAUGGAAUCUUGUUGAAGAGAAUGUAUUGGAAUAAAAUGUUUAUUUAUACUUAA